AGAGUGCGUCGGCACCUAGCGUGCAUCGGUCCCUUGAGUGAUUCCAGGCAAGCUCUUUCGGGCAGAGAAGACGCAGAUGAGCAGCGUAGCUCCUUGAUUAGCGGCUCACUGACGCGAAAUUCGUUUCUUUGCAGUCGGUGCGUUAAUAGUAGUUCUUGUGUUCCGAAUCGCUCAUCUGAGCACGCGACGAAUUCAUGAGCUUUUUUGCCCCCUUCCGGAGAUCGACCCGCCGUUCGCCGCUAUGGCGUAUCCGAUCCCUUUUAUCACGGCCGUCCAUUGCGUUGGAUUCAAGAUACAAAUACAACAGCUACAAGCUUUCUUCGCCGCAUUCGCCUCGUUCGGAGUGUUUCGAUCGGGAGCACAGGAUUGCAUCGACAUCUGCUACUAGUCCUUCCUCGUCAAGCCUAUACUCUAUCGGAUUCCACCCACACCAACCUCCGCGAAACGCAUCCGCCAGGAUUCGAACCCCUGACCGCAGCUUCGCGAUAUGGUCUGCCGCUGUAACGCCUUCUAGACCAGCAGACGCUCCAGAGGCAGAGGCCGCGAUCUCCGCCGGAUUUGGACCGAGUUUGGGGAGCAAGCCAGGGCAGAGAGAUGAAGCGGAGCUUAAAACGCGUACAGUUGGGGCUGAGGACGGGGAGAGUGAGGGAGGAGGUGAGGAGAGCCUUAGAAGAGGUGGGAAACGCGAGGGGAAAGACAAGGAAGGUGUGGACAAGAGGGGUGGGAGGAGAGCAGGGGCCGUGAAGGGAAGAGGAGAAGGAGGCGGGAGGAAGGGUGGAGGGAGGGAAGAAUGCGCGGAGGAGGAGGAGGAGGCGGCAGUGGCAGUGAUUGCUGGAGUGCUGAUGGAGAAAUUCGGGCCUCAGAUUGUGAGAGAGGAGUUGGAGGAGGGGCCUGGAAACGGAAGGAAUGAGGACGAAGAGGAGGUGGAGGAAGAGGCGAAGGGAGUGGGUACAGGUAUAGAGGAAGAUGAGGAAGAGGAAGCAGAAGGAGAAGCGAGGGAGGAGGACUCACCAGCCGCCACAUGUCGUUCCCAACGGCCUACUUCUCCCCACUACUACGCACGUGCAACCUCUCCCUCCUCCCUCCUCUCCCUCUACCGCUUCUUCUCCUCCCACCUCGGCAUCUCCUCCCCUUCCACUGUCGCCUCUCUCCUCGCCUCCCACCCCCCUCUCCUCCGCUCCAAUCCGGCAAAUGACUUCCUGCCACGUGUCCAUCUCCUCCAGUCAUACGGCAUAUCCCAUGCCGACAUUGUCACUAUCACAGUUAAAAGUCCAGCCUGGCUUCGAUCCUCCCUCCCACAAAUUCAGGAAAUGCUUGAUUAUCUAUUGGCUUGCGGCGUCCGGCGAACCCGGCUGGGCUUUGUGGUCGGGCGCAGGCGAAGCUCACUCUGCAGGCAGGCACAUUCAACGAAUCUGGACAUUCUGGUGGAGAGAGCCGGGGUCCCUGAGAACAAGCUGGGCAUGGUUAUAGAGAGGUGCCCAAAAGUCUUAAACAUAAGCAAAGAUUUUUUGCACGGUCAGCUUGAUAAGCUAUCAGUGUAUUUUGAAGACGAAUCUCCAGGCAAGGGGGAAGGAGGAGAUGCCACCAGCUCAUGGCAUCUGAGGCAACACCUGAAGCCACACCUGAAUAGGCGAAGCCUGGACGGCAACCACCUGACCAGGCUCCUCUUGAGGCACCCACGCAUUCUCCUCGCAUCUCCCCAUAACAUCGCUACCAACCUCGCCAUCCUCCAGUCCUUCACUCCCCCAGGUACCCCCUCCAUCGCCAUCCCCGCUCUCCUCCACGCGUCCUCCAUCUUCAAUGUCAGCUCCGAGACUCUCUUAGCUAAGCUCCGGUUCUUUGUGGAGCUGGUGGGGGAGACGGCAGCGGGGAGGGUGGUGCGGAGCCACCCGCAUGUGCUUGCCCAUUCUAAGGAGAAUUUGCAAGGCAAGGUGGCGGUGUUGAGUGAUCUGCUUGGGACGGAGAAUGCUAUGCGUGCAGUGGCACGAUUCCCUCCGCUGCUGACUUCAAGUGAAGAGAACGUAAGGAAGAGCUUCAGAGAGCUUGUGCGGGAAGUGGAAGAGGCACUGAAAGGGAUUGAAAGUGGUGAAGAGGCGCUCGAAGGGACUGAAAGUGGUGAAGAGGCACUGGAAGGGAUUGAAAGAGGCGGUGGUGGAGAAGGAAGAUUGGAGGAAGGUUGGAGAGGUGAAUGCUUGGAAGGGGACGAUGAGCCAUGGGCUCAGAACAUAGCAGAAGAAGGCAUGAGAAACGGCAUAAGAAGGGAGGAUCUCCGAUUGGAGGAAGCGGCUUUUAUGUCUGAGUCUGACACUCCACACACAGAGUAUGAAGGUAUUCGAAGCACAUCACAAAGAUGCAAGGCAAGCAGGGCUCUUCAGUUGGUGGUGGAUCUAGCAGUGAGAUUCCCUCCAUCCAUCUACUACAGCUGGGAAGGAAACAUGAAGCACAAGGUGGAGUACUUAAAGCGGGACAUGGGGCUCUCUAUAAUGGAGGUGCUGAGAUUUCCCACCUUCCUCAGCUACAGUCUGGAUCGGCGAAUCAGAUCACGACAUGUGGCACUGCUGCACAUGGGCUACUUGGUGGUGCCACACGAUAUGGUCUAUGGAAGGAAGAGUGGAGAUUGGAAAGAGCGCUCCAAGGGGAUAGGGAGGAGGCGGAGGAAGGUUGAGCUUGUCUCUGAGGAAGAAAAAGGAGGUCAAGGGGAAGUGGAGGAUGGGAAGGGCGAGGUGGAAAAUAGCCAGUUUGACACAGGGAAGAGUGAUUCUACAUUGAAAACUAGUAGUGGGUUCUCAUUGGGAGCUUCGCGAAGCAUCUGCAAAUCGGCAGCGAGAGCUGGGAAAAUGGUGUGCUUGCUGCAAUUCCUUAAAUGCCCAGACGAACUAUUCAAACGGAGAUUUGACCUUGUCUGCCUGGACCCGUGAAGGGCCACUGUUCUGAUUCGGACUAGA